AUUUUAAGUAACAUGCACGUUUAAAACUUAUAAUGUCACAUUCUGCGUCUAUAUUUACUUCAUUUUUUAAAUUUUAUCAUUGUGCUUGUAAACAAGUAACAAAAAAUUGUUGCCAUCAUCGAAUUUCAGUUUUUUAAAUGUUGCAAGUAUUCGGACGUUACAAAUUUCGGAUGGAUAUAACGGGUUAUACAACAAAUUAGACUUUAAACUUAAUAUGGAUGCAGCCAAAGCCAAUGAACGAAAGAUAAGAUUUACUGCAUAUAAGCUAGAGAGAGGGAGAGAGAGGUAAAGAUGAGUUUGUUGGAGUAUGAGCAACAAAUAUUCCUUGAUGCUCUUCAUGAUGAUGGACUUCUUAUAACUGCAAGAGGAUUAGGAUUAGAGAGGAUUAUUGCUAGCUUUCUGAAGGUGUACUGUGAUGCUGCCAACCUUGUUCUUGUACUUAAUCUAUCUUCUGUAGAUGAGGAGUAUUACAUAGAAGAGCUGGAGAGAGAUCAUGUCACACCUCUUCCAAAAGUUGUAACAAAUGAGUAUAAUGCAUCUGAUAGACAAAAGCUUUACCUACAAGGAGGGGUUCUAUUUAUAACAUCCCGUAUACUUGUUGUCGACCUACUCACAGAUCGUGUUCCUAUAGAAAAUGUCACAGGAAUUAUUGUUUGUAGGGCACAUAGGAUUGUAGAAUCAGGUCAGGAGGCUUUUAUUCUCAGACUGUACAGGCAGAAAAAUAAGACGGGUUUUAUUAAAGCAUUUUCCCACAAUCCAACAGCAUUUACUACUGGCUUUUCACAUGUUGAGAGGACAAUGAAAAAUUUAUUUGUCAGGAAACUGUUCCUGUGGCCUAGAUUUCAGGCCAAUGUACAAGAAACAUUAGAGAAACACAAGGUAGAUGUUGUAGAGAUACAUGUACAGUUGACAGAUAAUAUGGUGGCAUGCCAGGCUGCUCUACUUGAUCUACUCAAUGCUUGCAUUAAAGAACUGAAGAGAUGUAACACUGCAAUAGAUUCUGAGGAGAUUACUGUAGAGAAUGCUAUAUCAAAAUCAUUUGAUCAGAUGAUACGACUACAACUUGAUCCUGUCUGGCAUCAACUUGGACCAAAAACUAAACAACUUGUCUCAGAUAUCAAAACACUCAGGCUUAUACUCAGACAUUUAACACAAUAUGACUGUGUGACUUUCUACAACAUGGUGAACUCUGUCAGAACAAGUGAGAAAACAUUUGGACAGAAUACAGGAUGGCUGUUCCUGGAAUCAGCUGAUAAUUUAUUUAUUCAUGCAAAGAGCAGAGUCUAUGGGGACCCAGAUAAGAGAAAAAAGUUGAAAAAGGAAACAAAAGAAAAAGAUGUACCAUCAUUGGAAGCAUGUCCUAAAUGGGAGGCCCUGGCAGAGGUGAUGGAAGAAAUAUCUGAACACAACAAGAAGGCUGAUGAGAAAAUUGGACCUGGUCGGGUCCUCAUUGCUGCAGAAGACGAUAGAACAUGUUCUCAAAUAAAAGAGUUUCUAUGUGAUGGAAGUGAAAGUCUGUUAGCAAGGUUAUUUAACAAGUCUGUAGCAACAAAGGGAGAGUACAUUCCAGAAGUCAAGAAAAAGCCUGUUGGAAAAAGAAAGAAACAAAAGAUAAACAAAGAAGACGAUGAUGUAACAAUAACACAGAUGGUUGGAAAACCUGCUGAAAAUGGUGAUACGAAGGACACUAGUGGUCAGUCAGGAGAUGUUUACUAUGGGGUGCUUCCUGACCCAAUUACUAUUCUACACCCAUUACAUGGCUGCUCUGAUCCAUACAGUCUUGUCCGAACACUGAAUGAAGUCCAGCCAACAUACAUCGUGUUGUAUGAUCCAGAUAUGGAGUUUGUGAGACAAAUUGAGGUGUAUAGAGCCAGCACACCUGGAAGUCCACUACGAGUUUAUUUCCUCAUGUAUACAGGAUCUGUGGAGGAACAGAGAUACCUCACUACUCUUAGAAAAGAAAAAGAAGCUUUUGAAUUUCUCAUCAAAGAAAAGGCGACAAUGGUUAUACCAGAGGAAAGAGAUGGCAAAAUGGAAAAUGAUCUAAAUUUAGAAAGAGGUAUAGCUCCAGCUGGUGCUACAUCAAAUACCAGGAAAGGGGGACAACUCAAUCUAAAUCCUUCACAAAACAAGGUAAUUGUUGACAUGCGAGAAUUUAGAAGUGAGUUACCAUCAUUGAUUCAUAGAAGAGGUAUGGAUAUAGAGCCAGUGACAUUAGAG